AUGGACACAGGAAAGAAGGUGGAUGCAGACACUUCUCGCAAAGACAGCAAGCCGCUCGACGCGGCUGCAAUCAUGAAAGAGAAGAGCAAGAACGCCGCACGCUCCAGAAGAGAGAAAGAGAACGCAGAGUUCCUCGAACUUGCCAAACUUCUCCCACUACCUUCUGCCAUCACGUCGCAGCUGGACAAAGCGUCAGUUAUCAGAUUGACAACGAGCUACCUGAAGAUGAGACAAGUUUUUCCUGACGGUCUCGGUGACGCCUGGGGUGCGGCUCCACCUCCACCACAACCUCGGGAGCUAUCCAUCAGAGAGUUGGGAUCACAUCUUCUCCAGACCCUGGACGGUUUCAUCUUUGUUGUCGCUCCAGAUGGGAAGAUCAUGUACAUAAGUGAAACGGCUUCUGUCCACCUCGGAUUGAGUCAAGUAGAGUUAACGGGCAACUCAAUAUACGAAUACAUCCAUCAAUCAGAUCACGACGAGAUGACAGCGGUUCUGAAUCUACAGCAUCCUCAUUCGUAUUUAGGACACCAGUACCCUAGUCUCGGGUACCCAGUGGGUGGGACGUGGGGUCCAACUGUUGACAUCGAGUGCGAAAGGGCCUUCUUUAUCAGAAUGAAGUGCGUUCUCGCCAAAAGGAACGCGGGCCUCACCACCUCAGGAUAUAAGGUAAUCCAUUGUUCGGGCUAUCUUCGCGCCCGUCGCUUUGGCGAGGGCUCAGCCCCAUUGGGCCUCAUCGCUGUGGGACACUCGCUGCCACCAUCAGCAGUCACCGAGCUGAAGCUGCACUCCAAUAUGUUCAUGUUCCGAGCUUCACUUGACAUGCGACUUAUAUUUCUGGACGCCAGAGUGGCGUCGCUGACCGGCUACGAGCCUCAGGAUCUCAUUGAAAAAACGUUGUACCACUACAUACACGGCACAGACGUUUUGCACAUGAGGCAUUCGCAUUGUACACUUCUAACCAAAGGGCAGGUGACGUCCCGGUACUACCGCUUCCUAACCAAGAGCGGCGGUUGGGUGUGGAUGCAGAGCUACGCCACCAUCGUGCACAACUCCAGGUCUUCGAGGCCACACUGCAUAGUAUCUGUCAAUUAUGUAUUAAGCGAUAUAGAAGAAAAACACCUCAUUUUAAACAUAAGUCAAGGAGGUCCUAAAGUAAGUAACGUGGAGAUCCCAUCACCUCACGUACCAACCACCACCACUUCACACGUGAGACAGCCAGAGAAAAUAAACCCGGUGCAUGUGAACGAAAGCGAAUAUAGCGAUUCCAGUGGGGGAUACAAUUAUCCAGAGUAUAACCUUCCAGUUAUCCCUCCCUAUGAUACGCAAGAAGAGUACCACCAACAAAACGGCUACCAAGAAAUUUUUUAUGAAAAUUAUGCAGACACUAGCGAAAUUUUACCUAAUUACGUGAGCUACCCUCAAAGCCAAAGACCGUUUUCGGCCAGCUCAUCAUCAUGUAGUUCCAUCGAAGGAUCAGAAAUACCCAAUCAUUAUAACUACACAAAUUUAAUAUCAUUUUACGGACACAAUCAAACACAAAAUGGCCGACCAGUGGUUGAGAACUUUGGCGCGACAUUCGGUAAAAUGACACCAAGCCCUGCGGUUCAAGAAGGAGGGUAUACAAGUGUUAUAGUGGAUAAUACGCAGCAGUUCCACCAUCACGGAGGGGGAGUUAAUGAGUUCGUGCAUUGA